AUGUCAACACUCAUCAAAGGCACCGGACCCUCUGCUCUCAGGAUGUUGAGUUGGGUGGUGAAAGUGGUGCCUCAGCCUCCAGAGCUUCCCUCGAGCCAGGAAGGGAAAGAGACCUCCUCCCGGCCAGUCACCGCGGAGAAAAAAGUGACGUUCAAAGAUGAAGCAGUUCCAACCGCAGACAAAAACCAUGACACUGCAGCAGCUGAAGGAAGCAGGCCUGGGACCGCGGUGCUGUCGUGGCUCAGUGGUGCCAUUCCUCAACCGGUGAACGCCAACCACUCUGCCAAAAAGGAAGACAGCCCACCACUGAGCAACAAUCCUGAAGACGACAAAGGGAUGAUAGCCUGGAUCUCACAGGGUUUGGAUAAAGUGGUUCCUCAUCCUGAACUGAAGAGCAAAGAGUCUCCCCCAGAGAAGCUGGCGGUGAGACCGGCCACUGCACCAGCUGCUCCAGUGUCGGUGGAAGUCAGAACAAGUCCUGAAGAGAAAUCUGAAAACCAUAACCACAGUAUGAUGGAGUGGUUAAAGUCGGGCAUCGUGAAGGUGGUCCCUCAGCCAGAGCACCUGAAGAACUCAAAGAACGAGAAUCCUCCUGCACCGAAGGUUGAAGCUCCGCCCCCUCAGCCUCCUCCAGCUGCAGAAGAAGCGCCUUCAGCAGAACAGACAAAUGUGGUGGGGUGGAUCGUCAAUGGGUUUGGAAAGAUGCUGCCUCAACCUGUUCUCAAAGCCGAAAAUGGUGACAGUGCGCAAAAUCAUGGAGUGAACAACAGCCACACCAAACACGACCUGGUGUUGGAGGAUCUCGAGCAGAAUGAUGGAAAACAGGAGCCAAAGAAAAAGUAUGAAGAUGCAGAGGCCAAAACGCAGCCGCUGGAUUCUGUGAAGGAUGAUGUGAAGACAGAGAAGGCUGUGGAGCAGAAAGUCGACAGGCCUCCAGUAGACGGUCUGGCCGCGGCCCGAGCGGCUGAAGAGCUGGCCAUGAGAGCAGCUCAGGAGGCGGUGCGACAGCUGGAACAGGAGCAAGCAGCGAAGAUUGUCCUGGACUCCAUUCCCGACACAACAGAACACAACAAACUACCACAACAUAAAGCCUGUGUUUUGUCCAGUCUGCCCAACAUCCAGGAGGAGGAGAAUGAGGAGGACCCUGAGCUGCAAAAACUGAAGGAGGACAGCGACGAGGAUUUAACCAAAGAGCAGAAGGCCGUGCAUCAUUCUCUCGUUGACGUGUGUCCUGCUGAUGGCGCCGUGGAGCAAACAGACAAAGUGGAGCCGGCCCCUGACAAAACUGUGGCUCCAGAGAAAGACCCAACGCCAAUCACAGAGCAGAAAGAGGAGUCCAAACCAAUCACACAACAACCACAGACCGCAGAAGCCCCGCCCACCUGCACAGAAGCCCCGCCCACCUGCGCAGACACUGUCCUGACUGGAGCCACAGAGGAAAGUGGAUGUGGAUCCCCCACUAUCUGCUCGCCUCUGCAGACCUUCAUGCUUCGCUUUCCGCUGGCCGCUCAGUACCUGGAGAGCUGCAAGAAGAUGAUGCACGACCAGUACCUGAGCCCCCCCAGCCUCUCCCUGCCCGCUCCCCCUGCGGAGCUGGCCCUGCUUGCACAGGAGAUAGCAGAUUUGCCCAAACAGGCCCAGCAAUACUGCCUGAGCCUUGUCAGCAGAAUAAGACAGUUUAACCCAUGCUAUCAGGCCGAGGAAAACCACACAGAGGCAAAUGAACAGUCGCAACCUGAGACAUCAACCCAGCCCACGCAAAAGUAG